AUGGAAGAAAACCGGGGCACCAUCCGGCAGCGGCAUCCGAAGGCCACCCCCGAGGCCGACGCCUCCCUUGAGCUGCUUGGCAUCAAGUCCGACCUGGACCGGAACUCCUUCUCCAACCUCUCCAUGCUGGGGAUGGCAUUCGCAAUUGUCAAUACGUGGUGCGCCAUUGGCACGACGGUCAAUGCCUCCCUGCCGUCCGGUGGACCUAGCAGCGCCGUAUGGGGCAUCGUCAUCGCCGGCGUCUUCAACAUGUGCAGCGGCGUCUCGCUUGCCGAGUUCCUCUCGGCCUAUCCGACCGCCGGCGGCCAGUACCACUGGGCGGCCGUGGCAAGCUGGAAGUCGACCAGACGCGCCGUCAGCUACAUCACCGGCUGGAUCAACCUUGCCGCGUGGGUGUGCUUGGCCGGUGCCAACUGCUUGCUAGUCAGUGGAAUCAUCAUGAGCUAUGGCGAGCUCAUGUAUCCCGGCUUUCAGCAAAGGCCGUGGCAAAGAUUCCUCCUAUAUAUUGCCGUCGACGGCAUUGCCUUGAGCUACAACUUGCUUGCUAAUCGCUUCCUGAGCCACUUAAACAAGUACAACAUGUUCUUUACCCUUGCUGGCUUCGUAAUCAGCCUCGUCACCAUCCUCGCAUGCGCAGCCCCAAACUUCCAGAGCGCAAAGUUUGUUUUUGGCGGUUUUAUCAACGAGUCCGGCUGGCGCGAUGGCUGGGCCUGGCAGCUCGGUCUACUGCAGGGGCAAGUACCUGCAUUCUCUGUGACCGCAUACGACUCUACGAUCCACAUGAUCGAAGAGAUGCCGAACCCAACUCGUCAGGGUCCGCGGCUCAUCAUCUACGCCAUCGCCAUGGCGGUGAUUACUGGCUUUGGCUACAUCGCUGCCGUCCUCGCCGUCAUCGGUGAUGUUCCGUCAGCCAUCUCGUCCUCCCAGCCACUCCUCGAGAUAUAUUACCAGGCCACGCGGAGCAAGGCAGGCAGCAUCUGCUUAAUGCUGUUCCCGCUUCUCUCCUUUGUUCUUUGUGCCAUCGACGACAUGGCUACCAGCGCUCGCAUAGCCUACGCUCUAGCACGCGAUGGCGGCAUGCCCUUUAACAGCUAUUUCGAGCAUGUUAGCCCGACUGUCGGCGCCCCAGUGGCCGGGCUUCUCUGGUGUUUCGCAUGGGACAUUGUCCUCGGGUUGGUAUUUCUCGGCUCCACCAGUGCCUUCAACGCCAUCAUCUCGGCUGCCGUCGUUUGCUUUACCAUUACCUACGCCAUCCCCCCGGGCAUCAACAUGCUGCGCGGACGGUGCAUGCUCCCUGAAAACCGCAGCUUCAAGCUGUCGAAUACCGUGGGGUAUAUCUGCAAUGCUGCCAGCGUUGCCUGGACGCUGCUGACGACGGUCCUCUUUGUGUGGCCUCCAACAAGGCCGGUCGAUGCAGUCAACAUGAACUAUUGUGUCGUCGCCUUUGGAGUCAUCAUCGUCAUCGCUGGCUCCAACUGGAUCCUGAGCGCGCGAAAGUCGUAUCACCCGCCUACCCUUGAACUUGUCCAUAGCCACCAUACAGCCCUGGUUGAUGUCAACCAAUUGGUGGAUAAAGCUGCAACAAGCGAGGUGGAGCAGUAUAGCCAGGAAAAGACAAAGUAG